UUUGAAACUCGCGGACUUCAGGAAGAAAACUUCACUGCGAGCUCGACGCUGUCUCCUCACGUUCGCGGGAAGCGUGGAGCGUUCCCUCUUUAAACCGGCAUAAAAACGACGUUUAUGAAAAGUAAAAUAAAAAAUAGUUCAACUUUAUUCAAUGAAGGCCAGUAGUUUGGUGCUUUGUUUUUGCUGCAGCACGCAAGGUGUUCUCACAGUUCCGACAUUUUGUCUCUUGUAGGCUGUGCCUUUGGGAAUCAGCUGGCACUGACUGAGUGUGUGUACGCAGACGCUGGAAGCGGAGCUGAGGAGAGGCUGUAGACUGUGAUUGUGGGAAUCACUGAGCUGCAGUGACUGAUGUUUGUGCAAGCAGGAAAUUGAACCGCUGUCCAACUGGUAAACGUCUGCCCAUCCUUUUAAAAUAAACAACACAGAAGAAAAGAACAUGGCUAACCAGAAUGAUGAAACUUCUCACCCUGCUACUCAACACAAUGCUUUAAAGGACCAGGAGCUGCAUUCGAUUCAUUCGUUUUUGUGGAGGUGGAACAACGAAGGCUUCACCGAGGUGACCUGUAGUAAACCUGGAACUGUAGAGGAAUCUCUGAAGAAGAGUGCACAGUUUCAUAAAAAGGCAGAGAAGAACAAAGGCAGAGAGCUUGUUAUUUUAAGGGCUGGAAAAGCCAUCAGUCCACACUUUCCUUGCGUUUUAAUUCAACCAGGAGACCAGCUGACUGUGAAGUACAUAAAAGCUGUAGAGCAGCCAAAGAUCCAGGUUGGUGCUCAUGUUUCUCGCAGCAGAAACAAACGAUCUUCUGAGCUUGUCAUGUUCCACGUGUUGACAAAGGGAGGUAAAAAUAUGACCAAGAUAAUGAGAAAUCCAGCUCUGAAAGCCAUAAUACAUGAAAUUACUAUUUAUGCUUACAAAGGAGAGAGAGUGAAACAGGCUCUCAGAAGAGACGGCCGUCUUCUCAGCACCAUUUUCAAGAAGAAUUUUGUGCUCUCGAACAAAAGCACCGCUGUGAAAACGGAGCUCUCCAACAUUGUCGAUAAGCUGAAUGAUGUGACGUUCCAGCUUAUUCUGCUGGACAAGUCCACUCCUCCUCCGAGUCUGCAUGGCAGUCUUGAGGAUGCAAAUCUGGAGCCAAAUGAAAGCCAGGGCCAGUCUGAGUCAGAGAACGACAACACACCAAAACAGGAACCAGAGUGUAAUCAGAUAACAACGCCGGGAAAUUUACUGCCAGAAAUACCAAAUUCAAGAGCGACGCAGGCGCAGUUAUGUUCUCAGUUUAAAGAAUAUGUGAAGGACAAAAAAGCUAAGGUCCCUAAGCUGUCUCGUAUCCAGAAUCUGCUCCGUGUGGACUUCGGUCAGAACGCUCAGAUGUGCAGUGAGGUGAAAACCAUGAAGACGCUGAUGGAUCUCAGCGACGCGGUCUGUCAGGUUAGGAUAAACGGACGGCCACACGGAACUGGGUUCCUCCUGUUUGGCAGCUGUGUCCUCACUAACGGCCACGUCAUUAAAGAUAUUUACAACGAGACCAGGGACCAGCUUACCCAGAGGGUUUCUGUACACUUCUCCUAUGAAAGUGUGGAUCAGAGUGACGGAGUGCUGGAUGUGGCUGAGCUUGUUUGCUUUGAGUGCAGCCCUGAUGUUCCCGGCUGUGACUGGGCUUUGUUAAAGCUGGCGGUUAACAAGAUACACGCUCCUGCUCUGUUAAAGCGCUCUAGUUUUCUUCCCAAAGAAGGUGGAAUUUGCAUCAUUGGGCAUCCAGAUGGAGGUGUGAAAAAGAUAGAUCCGUGUCUGAUUGUUCCCUUACAUAAUCGCAGCAAGGUUGUAAAUGGACACUGCAGGGGAAAUCAGGUUAUAAAAAGCCACUACAGGGAUAAUCAGGGCCCUGUUCAGUUUGUCACUUGCUCUUUCUUUCACAACGUGAAAGAAGCUAUUCACCAAAAGUCUGUUCUUACGUAUGAAUCUUGUUUUUAUCAUGCCUCCUCUGGUUCUCCUGUGUUUGAUAAGCACUGCAACGUUGUGGCGAUGCAUUCGGGGGGUUACGUCUACCGUUCUUUGAGCGGAGAACCCCAGAGUGUGAUAGAGUUUGCUCAUCCUUUGCUGACCAUCAUUGUGCGCCUCAUUAUCCACAUGGUGGUGAGAAAAAAGUAUGACGUUCUGAAAGAAUACCUGGCCUGCAGUUACGAUUGGCACGAAAUCGUUAUGAACGACGUAAAGAAGCUGGUCGAAAAUGAGAAUCUCACUGAUUUUAUAAAUGCAGUCAACGAUUUUCUUACUGUUGCUGAUUUGAAAGACGCGAGUUUAAACGAAUUCUUUAAGUUUUUCCGUCAAAAGGACGAACCCAUCCCAAUGGACAUUUGUUAAAAUUGUGGUAAUGUUAAUACAGGAAGAGCUGAUGGAAAUGUAAUGGAAUAUGGUGUUAUUUAGGGAUUUUUAUAUAAAAUAACAAAAUGUCUAAAUUUUGUAUGAAAAAAGAACAAAUAUGAUGUUCGUUCUCGUCAUUAAAAUUUAUUUGAACAGAAUGGAAUAGAAAUCUAUUUCUAACUUAAAGCACCUUUAAGACAAUUUGAAAUUAGGUGACUUAUGGCUGGUGAAAAUAAAUCAAAUUAGAUUUUAUUGUCACCUUUCACUAAAAACAUACAUUUUUAAAAUGGUAAUGAGGAGAUUUUUGGGCUCCCCUGGAGGAUAUCGGUUUUGUGAAAUACUUUAAAGUGGGGGGGAAAAAAUCCUUUUUUAAAUUGCAAAAACUUGUUUUGUUUUUGUUUUUUUUCUCUCCCUGUCGGAGAAAAGCUUUGCCACAACAUGAUGCUGCCACCAGCGGGUUUGACUGGAGAUGAUGUGCUACAACAUAACAGUUUGCACAUAGAUCAAAAUGUUGAGCUUUACGCUCAUCUGACCAGAGCAUCUUUUGCCAUGUCUAGUGGUAAACUUAAGACAGGACUUCUUGUGGCCUUGUUGCAUUUUUUUGUGUUUUCAAUUUUAUUUUUAUAUAUAAAUUUUAAAAUUGCAUAGUAAUGGGAUGAUUGUACUUCGUUAGAAGUCGCCAAUCUCUGAUGUGCUUACAUUCACGGUUCCUCAUGAUUGUUUUAAAAUUAUGCCUCGCUGUUUGUUUAUUUUUUUUGUUCUGUUUUUUUACGUCAUUUUGUAAAGUGAGUCUGAGAAUGUAUAUACAUGUCAUCACAUAUUAAAUGCUUUUACAUAUUUCAUUUUCUUCAAAACUGUUCAAGGGUUUAUUAGGCAUUUAUUUUUUAUGUUUAAAUGAAAUAUUGUUGUGUAUGUUUAGAAGAAUUGGGAUAUCACCCACAACAUAUCUGGAUUUAGUUGCUUUUCCUUCUAGUGUCUUUUAUCCUCAUAAAGGUGAGAAUUACUCAAUUGUAAAAUUCCCAGUUGCACCUAUGAGUGGACAUCCAGGCUCUUUGUAAAACUAUUUAAACUUUUAUACAUUUUGCAACCAGAGUAUUUUUAUGUAUUUAGUUUCAGUCUUGUAUAACAAAGCAGUACAUAACUGUUUAACUGAAGAAAAAUAAAUGGUUUAUAUAAAUCUUGUGUAGCCUGUUUUGUAGGUAUGUCAAAUAAUUUUUGAGU